AUGUUCAAGGCUAUUGGACGCCUACGGAGGGAGCAAAGCGAUGAAUGCUCGGGGAGCACCGAAUAUCCCGAGAAAAUUUAUGUCAAGAACAGUGUUUAUAAGCUUGGAGAUUUUGGCUGUGCAACUCUACUCAAUAGGAGCCUGCCAAUCGAAGAGGGUGAUGCACAUUAUAUGCCCCAAGAAAUCCUGAAUGACAAGUAUGAUCAUCUUGACAAGGUUGACAUUUUCUCACUGGGAGCUGCUAUCUAUGAGCUUGUCAAAGGAUCUGAAUUGCCAGAGUCGGGGCCCUUUUUCCUGAAUCAUAGGGAAGGAAAACUGCCGCUCCUGCCUGGCCACUCUAUGCAGUUUUAG